AUGGCUCCCUACGAACUUCGAUCCGGGGGUGAUGUUAAGAAUAAGAAGCAAAGUGUCGCCGACUUGAAAUAUCGUCGGUUGACCGAACUCAAUGGUCGUCUAAAGGAGGAUCUGGACCGUCCACGGGUCAAGGUCUCCGAGGCAGCUCUCUCGUCCGUUCAACCCUUUGAUUCAACAAAGAAAAGACAAGCCAAAUCUAACACCUUCAACAGUCUCAUCAGUUACUGCAACAAUACUCGCGACUUUAUGGUUCCAUCCGUAUGGGGACAGGUCGACAAGCGCGAGGAUCCCUACGCUCCUCAGCAACAGGGAGGUUGCUGCACCGUCAUGUAA